GAUUCUUUUGACACCUGGAGGGCCGUGCCCGGCACAAUGGCGCCCUUAAAGCUCUUUUGCUCGCUCAGUUCUUGGUAGAUCUCUAAAUCCACGGUUCUCUAUCGAAAUCAGCUCACAUCAUUGAAAGAUCAUUUUGAAGACAUGUCUUGCUGAAAAGACAACAGAGAAAACUUUUACGAAUGGGAUGAACACGCUUCAACUUCCUGACUACCUACUGCAGUUUGAAUGUUGACAUUACCCAGUUGGCACAGUGACCUAGUGAUGUACCUGUUUCCACAGUACCUUAUUUCUGUGUGCUUGUCUUGAUUAAAGAAUUCAAAGUGGAGUACCGCAAACUUGAUAUGGAUAAUAAAAAGAAAGACAAGGACAAAUCUGAUGAUAGAAUGGCUCGGCCUAGUGGUCGAUCGGGACACAACACUCGAGGAACUGGGUCUUCAUCGUCUGGAGUUUUAAUGGUUGGACCUAACUUCAGAGUUGGGAAAAAAAUCGGGUGUGGCAAUUUUGGAGAAUUACGAUUAGGGAAAAAUUUGUACACGAAUGAAUAUGUGGCAAUAAAACUGGAGCCCAUGAAGUCCAGAGCACCACAGCUACACUUGGAGUACAGAUUCUACAAGCAGUUAGGAUCUGGAGAUGGCAUACCUCAAGUUUACUAUUUUGGCCCCUGUGGUAAAUACAACGCUAUGGUGCUGGAGCUGCUGGGGCCGAGCUUGGAGGACUUGUUUGACUUGUGUGACAGGACGUUCUCCCUUAAAACCGUUCUCAUGAUAGCUAUACAGCUGAUUUCGCGCAUGGAAUAUGUUCAUUCAAAGAACUUGAUAUACAGAGAUGUAAAACCCGAGAACUUCUUAAUAGGACGGCCAGGAAACAAAACCCAGCAAGUUAUUCAUAUUAUAGAUUUUGGUUUGGCAAAGGAAUAUAUUGAUCCAGAGACAAAGAAACACAUACCGUACAGAGAACACAAGAGCCUUACUGGGACAGCUAGAUAUAUGAGCAUAAACACACAUUUAGGAAAAGAACAAAGUAGAAGAGAUGAUUUAGAAGCGCUAGGUCAUAUGUUCAUGUAUUUUCUGAGAGGCAGUCUUCCUUGGCAAGGCUUAAAGGCUGACACAUUAAAAGAGAGGUAUCAGAAAAUCGGAGAUACAAAACGGGCGACACCAAUAGAAGUGUUAUGUGAAAAUUUUCCCGAAAUGGCAACCUAUCUUCGUUAUGUAAGAAGGCUAGAUUUUUUUGAAAAGCCAGACUAUGACUACCUAAGGAAGCUAUUUACUGACUUGUUUGAUCGAAAAGGAUACAUGUUCGAUUAUGAAUAUGACUGGAUUGGUAAACAGUUGCCUACACCAGUGGGUACAGUUCAACAAGAUCCUGCUUUGUCAUCGAACAGAGAAGCACAUCCACACAGAGAUAAGAUGCAACAAUCCAAAAACCAGUCGGCAGACCACAGGGCAGCUUGGGACUCCCAGCAGGCAAAUCCCCACCAUUUGAGAGCUCACCUUGCAGCAGACAGACAUGGUGGCUCGGUACAGGUUGUAAGUUCUACAAAUGGAGAACUGAACACAGAUGACCCUACUGCAGGACGUUCAAAUGCACCCAUCACAGCUCCUACAGAAGUGGAAGUGAUGGAUGAAACCAACUGCCAGAAAGUGUUGAACAUGUGGUGCUGCUGUUUUUUCAAAAGAAGGAAAAGGAAAACCAUACAGCGCCACAAGUGACUCUGGACACAGACAGACCGCGGGGAGCUUCGUCCAUGUUCAUCCGCCGUCUUGUGAUCGAGAUCCUCUCUGUCGUGACCACAUAUAUUUUCAAGGACUCGCUCUUAGAAACAAAACUGUCAUACUUUCAUACUUCAUUCUGUGGUUGUCUUACAUUCAUAUUGUUUUCUAAUUUAACUUUUACGGAAGCUUUAAAGUUUUGUCAAAACACGAGUGCUCUGCCCAUCCGACGGGAGUGGACCAGUGAGGCGGUGUUGGCGAGUGCAGCCCCGUAGAGCGUUUUUCAGAAGCUCCUCUCCUGUUGUAGAAAGCAGUAUCGUAUUGUAAAUGUCAACCAGCUAUAAAUCUAAUCUGUUUUUUUUUUUUUAUAACUUCUGAAAGAGCAUAAUUACACAGGAAUUUUCUUCCCAGCGGAUAACGCAACAGAGAACACAUUUAAGAGAAAGCUUUUUCCUUGAGAAGUUCCUAUUUGGUGACAUCUGCGUUGAUUUCAGUAUUAUUGAUGGUACUGUUAUUUGUGAAUCAUAUUAACAUCCUCUCUGUGAAAUCGUGGCACAGUCACUGCCCAGAGGCACUGAGGAACACGUUCUGUGGGCCCCGCAGAUGGAAGUGGGAAACGAGUCACGAGCCGCGUGGUAAAUGUGAUCUCUGCUCUUGUAACCAGACACCAAGCACCGUGCUGCAGAGGUGGCAAAAGCGCUUAUUUUUUAAAAAUGCAGAAUAUUUGUAUAAUGUUAACAUUAUGCUUCCAGAUAAUAAUGUAUGUUAGACAGCAAGAAACGAGUCCUUUGAGAAGUGAUGUAUGUUGGAGUUUUUAAGAAGUACGUACACUAAAGAGAAGAAUAAAUGUGAACCUCAUUGCAAUGUGUAAGGUCGAAGCCCGAGGAGGUCCCGCUGAAACUUACUGCUGAAUGGUUACACUCUUCCUUGAGCAAAAACUUGGGAUGUGCCAUGCAAUGGUGUCUGUUUAUUAAUUAUUUUGCUUUUUGAUAAAAAAAAAAAAAGACCCCCAGCAAUAAAAACUGGGUCACUCUAUUGCCCUAUGAGCACAUUCGUCUCUUGUAUUCAACUUUGCUGGUUCUCUGGAAUUUUCCUACUCUUUAGCAUAAUUUUGAUGAUUGAAAAGUGUUUUGGAGAGGGUGGGUCAGGUGCUUUGCCUCCAUAGUCUUUUGAAGUGCCUGGGUAUGAAGAGAGUAACAGUUCUGUGAAAACACUUCAUCCCACUCUUCAAGUGCGCGUUGCUUUAAGCCAUAAAGACACAGGUGUACUUUUGUCAGAUUCUGCUUGCCAGAAUUUUCAAAAAAGGGUUAAGGAAAAAAAAAAAAAGAAAAGGAAAAAAAAAAAAAGACCGGCUCGAAAAAUAAUUACGUCGAUUAACUCUCAAAUUUACCUUCUAUUUAUAAAACACUCCUUCCACGUAGUCUCUUGUCUUUGAGUCUAUGCCUCCAGGCAUACCUAUUUAUUUUUAUUGUCUCAAGGUAACAUUUUAAAUGUGUAUUAAAGUAAAUCACAUUUUUAAAUUUCAUUUUUGUGUCUACAAGGAUUUAAUUAUACUUUAUAAGUUAUUUUUCUUAUUAGCCAAAAAUUCAGUGCAUCGUGUCUGAUGAAUUAGGCACCCGGAUGAACACCAAGAUCAGGGCAGUGACUGUCAUUGUUGCUCUGAAUCCUACAAGUGAUCUCUUCUUGAUUUUAAAGACUCACACGCAGCACAGAAACAGGUGCUGUAUAGCUGGGUUGCCAGUUUCCAUUGUUGGCCUACUGUCGUGUUGUCUUCGACUACAGAGUUCCGUACUGAGUUUUUAUUUUUGUUUGCUUUGAGCAAGGUAGAUGGAUGUUUCUUUCGGCUACUAUAAUGUGAAACCACUUCUUUCUUUACAGUAUUUGACCAAAUUGAUGUGUCUAUGAUAUUUGUAAAUACAUGCGAUAUCUGUAUUUCUUAUCAUAAGCCUAUUUAGUUUUCUUCUCAGUAGGGUUUUUUGGACUGUACAGUGUUUAUAUGAUCUGAACUCCUUAUACAUAAGAAGGUGUGUAUAUUAAUCCAAUUAUGGACUUAAGAUAUUUUAAAAGUAUAAAUACCCUUAUUUGCUGCAAAGACCAGUGUGUAGACAUUUGCUUUUUAGCAAUAUUUUUAAGUGCUCCAUUUUAAUACCAAGGAGUAAGUCUUUUGGCAACACAAACUGGUCGAUACUAGGUAAUGCAGGUAUGUUCAGGUUAAGCCAACAAUGUUUUGCAUUUUUAUGCUUCUUUUCUGUCAACACUAACGAAGUCAACGUUGCCUGAAUGUCUGAAUAAUGAAACACAUCCCUGUUUAAAAGUAUGUAACUGAAAAAGAAAUUAAAAAUAAAGGUAGUUUUUUUUAAA